GGUUUGUGUACCGGACAGGCGCGGCGGCAGACUCGACAGGCAACCAUGCAAGCCACGUUGAGUUGGAGCUCCAAGAACAGCAUGGUGCUGGACCCGUUCGCCAGUCGCCUGGCGAUUGGAGACGAAGAAUGGCGUGAAAAGAUUCGCGUGCUGGACGAACUUCAGUCGUUUGUAGGGAUCCAUGCAUCGAGUCUCACGUCCGAGCACUUAAACGCACUUGUAGUGCCAUUCCGAACGAUGUUUUGCGAGCUCAGGUCGUCCGUCGUGAAGAAAGCAUGCGACGUAUUCAGCGAACUUGCCCAGUUGCUCCGUCAAAAAGUCAAGCCGCUCGUGGACAAGGUGUUUCAAGCCAUGAUGGAAGCCAGAGGGGGGUCCAACAAGGUCAACACUCAAGCCAUUCACGCGUGCAUCGAGUCUGUCAUUCACGUUGUUGUGAGCAAGAGUGCCCUGACGUCGAUGUUUUACUCUUUCAAACACACCAAGAACGGCCAGAUCCGAGACUCGUGCCUGCAGUACUUGUGGAUUGUGCUGACGAACUGGAACCCCACCGUGCUGGAAGCGGUCAAACCUCGCAUUCAAGAGUGCAUUCUGAGUUCGUUGAGCGACGCGUCGCCGUUAUGCCGUGAAGUCGGCCGACAAUGCUACGGCCAAUUUAUCGCGCUGUGGCCAGCCAAGAAGCUCGAGUUGCAAGCCAAGUUGUCACCCACCGCCAUGAAGUACCUCGCGGCGCUGAAUUUUGCAGACAAAGUCGUCCCAGAAUGUGAAUCCCACUUGCCUCGACGGAAAGCCCUGCAUGAUAUUUCAAACACUGCGGACCUCCCCGUCGUCAAGAAAAGGAAAGAUUACAUGGGUCGAGCGAUUGAACACCCAGCGCACGAAGAUAAUGAUGAUACCAAGCACCUUCCGUCCCAAAUCGCCACACUAGAAGCGGCGCUGCAACUCUCCAAGCAAGUUGUUGCGCAACUCAAAGCCGAAAACGAAUCCCUCCGGAUCGAACAUCGCCAGUCCCACGUUCGAAUGCGGUCACUCCAAACGCAAACCACCAUGCUGGAAACGCUGGUGAAAGACGCUGAUUUGGAUCAACAACGCCAGCAGGUGGACGCCACGGCAGCCAUUCAAUCCAAGAACGACGAGAACCGCCGCCUGCAAGGACUUCUAACAUCGGCCUUGAAUCAAGUGGACAGGCUGUCGUCCAGCCAGUGGAAGCCGUCCGCCGGCCCGUGCCGCCGCCACCGCUCGCUUCGGACGCGGGCGUAUUCAUUGGACGCUGCCGUUGGGGAGACUUGUGAAGAAGCCAAGUCGAAGCAGUCAACAGAUACAACUCGGUUGUUUUGCCAAGUCAAAAGCCAGCCUUCGAACCCCGACGACCAGACUGAAAGGCUUCAAAACGACCUGGCCAAUAUGACGGCGACGCUGGAAAGCGUGCAGGUGGAGAAAGCCCAGUUGAACGACCAAGUGGAUUCCCUGGGCAAACAGCUGGAGCACCUGCAGAAGACACUGCACGACGUUCAAGUGGACGGAGCGUUCGAACAGACCAAACAUCUCAACAUGGAAGCGGAGUUUGUCGACAAGAUCCACGACCUCGAGCAACAGCUGCAGGCCGCGACCGCCGAAAAUGAAGUGAUGACGGAGCAGUUGGCCACGAGUGCGUCGACCUGCGCGGCGCUCAAGGCCGAGAUGGACGUGGUGAAAAGCCAACUGUCCAAGGUCACAGCGGACUGCACGGAGUUGGAGACGGAUAGACAAGCUGUCUUGGUCGAAAUCGACCGCGUUCGGACCGAGUUGACGUCAAAGUUGGCGCGAAAGGAAGUGACGCUGGACCGACUCAAGACGGAGAACACAAUGGUGCAGAUGAAGGUCGAGGCAUUGAUGAAAACCAACGAAGAGCUUCACAGCAUCGUCAAGAUCACGGAAGACGCGUACUACCAGAUCCGAGAAGACGUGUCGUCGCAGUCAUUAGAGGAAGUCGAGUGCAUGGCGGGCGUGAAAGCCGAGAACGACAGCUUGCAGGCCCGCGUGCAGGGAUUGUUGAAGCAACUGGACGCGGCGGAAUCGACCAACGGCCAGCUCCGGGACCUCGUGACCGAGGCGGAGACAGAUAAGGAAGAACUCAAGGACAACCUGCAAGCCACCGUGAGCCAACUCGAAGCGUGCCAAUACCGGGCGGAUAUGGCCGAUGAUGCAAUUGGAAAAGUGCGUCGGGAGCUAUCGGCGCAACUACAGGCCAAGGACGAGGAGCUGAUGAACUUGACGUUUGACAACCAGGCGCUGCGGUCCCAGGUGGAAUCGCUGGGGCAGCGUGUGGAUGAGCUGCAAAGUUGCAUCAAAUUCACGGAAGAUGCGUACUACCAGAUGCGGGAAGACGUGUCGUCGCAGGCGCUGGACGACGUGGCGAGUGUGGCCCCCGUCAAGGCCGAGAACGAAAGUCUCCAGACCCGCGUCCACGAUCUGCUGGAGCAGCGCGACGAACUAGAUCACGUCAACCAGCAGCUGCGACAUGACGUGGAGAGUCUGAAAUCAACGUUGAACCAACUGCACGAGCGUGAGACUGGCAUGAGUCAGCACCUACGCGACGUGGAAGCGCAACUGCAAACUACGACAGAAGAAAACUGCCAACUCCGAAGCGAUUUGUGUAGCCAAAGCCUCCUGGACGCCGAAGCGGCAGAGAAGAGCCAGCAUGAAACCCAAGUGCUCCAAAUUCAAGUACAAUCCCUGCACAAGCAACUAGUUGGACUCGAAGCGGUAUUGGCGGUCGGUCGCGAAGCAUACCGCAAGCUUCAAAGUGACUUGGACGUGCAAUCUCAUGUGAAAACGGACAACGACCGCCUCCGCGUUGAAAUUGCCGCCUUGACGGACCAACUGGACGCGCUCCAGGCGGCAGAACAAGCGGCUAGCUCAAGCAAGGAAGAGCUCAUGGUCCUCUCAGCAAAGGCGGCGGAAGCACACGCAGAGCUCAAACGAGUCCAAUCCCAAGCAUCAACGUACCAGCAUUCGAUCCGCGACUUGGAAGCGCGGCUGCAGUCGUUGCAGCAAGACAACGCGCAACUACACGCGGCACUGGCGACCCAGUCGACCAAACAAGUGGACGCUCGUGCGAAACUCAAGUUUGAAAACCAGUGCCUCCAAGCCAGGGUCGACUCGCUCCAACGACAGCUCCUAGACACGAGUCGCGGCAUAUGUGACAUGGACAUUUCUAUGCAAGAUGAAGUGUGCAUCGAGCUGACCCAGCGAGAGCUGGAGUCGCCGUCGAAUCCGUCCAAACCUACCACCACGAUAUCUCCGGAAGAGCACAAGGCGUCCAACAAGCAGCCAGCACCGCUUGGAGCAGCCUCGAGAUGGAACCAGCAAGUGUUUGCGUAUCGUGAAAGGGGCAACUUGAUGGCCCAGCGACAGCUCAACGAUUCAAAUAUUCUCAAGCGAUGGAAACCCACGCCGUAGGACACUGGUUUCAGUUGCAAAGUGAACUUUAGUUGGUGUUAUUACUAUGAUUGUCCAACUUUAACACAACAAAUUGAGCAAGGGCAUGGAUGGCGUCGCGGGACGGCUUUCCCAAUGGGAAAAUAACAAAGUCGUGGUACAAGUGGGGAUGCAAAUACUCGGUCACGUCCACGUGGCAUCGCUUGGCCUUGGCAACAAACGUUGCGAUGUCCCCUGCCAUGAGCUCCGUCUGUCCGUACAUGACCUAAUUCAGCAGAAUUAUUUGCUAAUUCAGCAGUAUUAUG